UCCGUGGCGGAGAAGGCACCCUGACCCAGGACCGUGCGCGUUGGGACCCGGGGCGGAGGCGAGGGGCAGAGGGAAGAGGAAGGAAGCCCAGGCGGGCACCGCGCGGCAGAGCCCCACAAACUUUCCACCCUGGAUUCGCUACUUCUGCUCCAUGGACAGAGCCCCAGCCAGCCGAGCUGCAGACAGACCGUGAGCAGUCCCUGCGCGUUUUAUUGCGACCUGCCGGUGGGAACUUUGUCUCCGAGCCGGAGCAGCAUGGAGCGGCGGAGCGAGAGCCCGUGCCUGCGGGACAGCCCCGACCGGCGCAGCGGCAGCCCCGACGUCAAGGGGCCUCCCCCGGUGAAGGUGGCCCGGCUGGAGCAGAACGGCAGCCCCAUGGGAGCCCGCGGGAGGCCCAACGGCGCCGUGGCCAAGGCCGUGGGAGGUCUGAUGAUUCCUGUCUUCUGCGUGGUGGAGCAGUUGGACGGCUCUCUCGAAUAUGACAACAGAGAGGAACACGCCGAGUUCGUCCUGGUUCGGAAGGACGUGCUCUUCAGCCAGCUGGUGGAGACGGCGCUGCUGGCCCUGGGUUACUCCCACAGCUCCGCGGCCCAGGCCCAAGGUACUCCCCCCCUGCUCUCUGCCUCAUGCCUUUUGUCUGUCGUGAUGUGA